CUCGCACGCCCUGGGUAGUGGCACAUUGCCCUGCACCCAAGCAAACACAACGUCUCACCUAUCUAUCUUACCUUAGCUUACCUUACCUAUCCAUCCAUCUUGCACCCCCAUGCAUUCGUCUAUCUCGAUCAGGACAAAUUCAGCAUAUGGCGGCGUCACCAUCGCUCCUGGACCUCCUGAGCCUCCCUCCUCCGCCUUCUCCCCCUCACGAUUCAAUAUCGCCGGCGAUAUCACCCACGGUGGUGCAGGUGGUGCCGGUGGACGUCUCCGAGGAGCUCAUGGGUAAGUUCAUGGACACCAGCGAGUUCGGCUUCGAUUACGACAGGAGCGGCCUCUGGUCCCCGCUGGCGCUGCGGCCGGAGGUCCUCGCGUUCGCCGCGGGCCAGGCAAAGCGCCGCCGCCGUAGCUGGAGGAGGAAGAUAUGUUGCUGCUGGUGACCCGCAGCGUGCAUGGGUGUUUUGAGCAAGAGUAGGCUCAUGGAUCCUUCUGCAGUUUAGGGAAGACUGUCAAAAAAAUUUGCGAACAUGACUAUACUUUGUUUUUUCUGUAAGAAAUUAUUAGGUAGUUUAGCACUGGUGUACUUUGGGCCCCAAAUGAUCACCCAAUUUCCCCCUUUACUUCGAUGGGCAAAUGUAAGCAUACGAAUUCAUGUAUGUGCUGUUGAUUCUUUCAUGUGCAGUUUAGUCAA